AUGGACAGCUUGAAACUUGACAACAAUGUCAAGCGACAGGCGACGUUUGAAACGGAACCGGCGGACACGGUUGUCGGUAGAUCCAUCAAGCGCGGUGACAUAAAUCUUCCUUUUAUUGAUGCCAACGCCGUGAAAAAUGGCACGAAGGAUCCAAAAGGGACUGUCAAACAGGAACAAUUAAAAGUUGUCAAGGAAAAGGAACGUAAAGAGAAAGAGCUCCAAUCUCUGAAAGAAAAAAAGGAAAAAGAGCUGAAAGCUUUAAAAGACAGAGAACUGAAGAAGGUGCAGCUGAAUAAGAUCAAUCAUGACAAGGGAUCGAAAGAAACUGUCCAAUCACAGAAGGACAAGGAACUCAAGGCCUUAAAAGACAAAGAAGCAAAGGCCAAGACGUCGAAGGAUAUAAAAUCUGAAAAAGAAAAAGAACUCAAAGCUAAAAAGGAAGACGAAUUGAAAGCUAAGAAAGAAAAGGAGCUUAAAGAACAACAAGAAAAAGCCACCAAGUUAAAAGAUGAGAAAGAGAAACAAGUAAAAGCUAGUGAAAAGGGCAAGAAACUUGACCAAGCUAAUCAGAGAAAUGGAAAUCAAAAUGGCAACAAAUCGACGUCAACAAAAGAAAAGGAAGGAGAAGGAAAAGUUGGAUUUUUUCAUAAAUUAGGACGAUCGUUGUCUCCGUCUAAAAACAAACAAACUCCCCCCGUAGACACUACCGACCCCGUGCCUUCAGCAAAAUCCAAAACAAACCCCAGAGGAGACAAAACUCCACCCCAAGUACUCGUUGUGGACGACGAUCGCUUCGCAGAGGUUCGCGUUGCGACUCCGACCGUUAAAUCUUCAGAAGGUAAAGAAGAAGCCCCCCAUUUUAAAGCCGCACCUCCACGUAAAAACAAAGAUGACGACUCUCUCAGAAGUGAAACUAAUCGAAUAACAGAAUCUCAUAAAAAUGACUCUGGUUCAUUUUCGGAACGAGUGGACACACGAGCUAAACCGAGAGUAGUUCAAUCCAAAAUGGACGCUUGGAUGAACGAAAAACGUGGAUCACAAGGCUCUAUCGAUUCUCAAAGAAUGCAAGCACUACGCAAACUCAAUACAAAUUCUCCGAGAAAUUCUCUUCCGGACGACGAGGAGGUCCCUGUGAUCAAAGACUCAAAAGCCGAUUAUCUUAAAUCGAAAGGACCGCCUGAAAAAAGUCGGCGAAAGUAUCCAGGUGAUGUAAGCUCGUCUCUGGAAAGUGACAUCGAUAGCGCGCAAGAACCAUACGACCACGUGCUAGCAGAACGCGAUUGUCUUUUAACAGCCGAAGUUGCGUAUAAAAGGCGGAUUUACCAGUUAGAAGGUGAGACAAACCAGCUUGCUGAAGCCUUAGAUAAACGGGACAACGAAAUCAAGGAAUUGAAGUGGAACAUCGAGAAUCCGUCUACUGUUACUGAGGUCUCGGUUUUGACCCAGAAACUUCAAAACGAGGUUGACAAGUUACAGCAGGAACUGGACGAGCUAAAGAAGGAGAAGAAAAAGUAUAAAAUCCUUCACCAAGAUUCUGAACGGAAGAUGACAGAGGUCGUCAUAGAAAACGACGAUCUUCGUGAAAAAUUGAUACUUUUCGAACAAGACAGGAUUCCUCAAGUGGAAGAUCUUCAAAAAGAGAACAAAAAACUGGAAUCUAGCCUCAAACUACUCAAAACCAAACUGAAAGAAUCCGAAGAACAAUUUGAUUUCCUGAAGAAUGAGAACAUUGAGAUGUCAGGAGAGAUUUCUAUGGUUUUGGUAUUUCUCUAA